GUGGAUUGUCCCUUGCCUCAGCUGCUCUGACAACAGGACCUGUGACUGGAGAGAAAUAACAUGGCAGCCCCAUGGCUGCCGAUACUCUGUGUUAGCCAAGCCUGAGCUCCAGCACUGUGUGGAGGGCAGAAAGAUUCUUUUUAUAGGCGACUCAACUAACAGAGGGAUGAUGUACUACCUAAUAGAAAGAGUGAAUAAGACUCUUCAGGAAUGGCAAAAGACUCAUGAUGUAAAAUGUUAUCAUAAUAUCAACGAAGGGAAAACAUUUAUCAGUUACUCCUACUACCCCCAGUUUUGGAUGAACGCAAACCAGAGACCGACUUUUGAAAAAGCACUAGAACAACUGCUUCAGAGAUCACGUCCCCUGGAGAACACAGACCAGACCGUAUUAAUUGUAGGUGGCGUUCAGUGGCUUAAUUCCAAUCACCUACAAAUUAUCCAAAAGGUGUUGAACAGGGAAAAUCUAUCAAAUAUCUUGGUAAUUAUCAAAUCCAUAGGGAUGGGUUUUCACCUCCCAGUGGAUGGAAUACAUUCUCUGUCACAGGCAGAAGUGCAAAACUUGUGGAACGAAAACCUGAUUAUUCUGGAUACAGCAAAAAAAUUCGGCUAUGAAGUUGUUGACACCUUUGUCAUCACCAUGGGACGUUACAAAGAAUUUCUGCAAGGGAAGUGCGGCUGCCAUUUCCAUGAG